GAAAACCUAUCGAUAGCGCAUGGCUUGACGGCACGCUGCCAUCGCUAUGUGAUUUCCUUCUUUUUUCGCCUUCACGAAAUCAAGAUGGUGAACGUACCGAAACAACGCCGCACCUUCUGCAAGAAGUGCAAGGUCCACAAGCUGCACAAGGUGACGCAGUACAAGAAGUCCAAGGAGCGCAAGGGAGCUCAGGGCAGGCGUCGUUACGACAGGAAACAGCAGGGUUUCGGAGGUCAGACCAAGCCCAUCUUCAGGAAGAAGGCCAAGACCACCAAGAAGAUUGUGCUGCGUAUGGAGUGCACCGAGUGCAAAUACCGCAAGCAGACUCCCCUGAAGCGUUGCAAGCACUUCGAGCUGGGCGGUGACAAGAAGCGCAAGGGACAGAUGAUCCAGUUCUAGGCACCUUCUUUACACCAUUAAAAAUCCUUUUUUCGCUAACGAAGUGGUUUUAUGUUGUUUUCGCGUCGCUGCACGGCGGCAAAUAAAACAAAAUAAACUUGUAGACGUAAGCUUU